AUGUUCGACCUGAUCAAUUAUAUGCUUCGAUUCGGCUACUAUUAUUCACUGUUAAUGGGCUUGCUCAAUUUUGAGAUCGAUUGGCGAACGGGUCGUGCGCAAAUCACACGACGAGCCUCGAUCUACGCCGCUAUCGUGAACGGUAUUAGCGUUUACUGGCUGCCCCGGCUGUGUGGCACGCAUGUGGUGGCUUCCUUGUGGCCGCAGGCAAAACAUUUACACGAAUACUUGUACCUAGUGAUGCUGGGUGGGCGUGUGCUUUGCGUGUGCGUGACGCUGCUAACGCGUUGGACGCAUCGCCAGCAAUUCAUUCAUCUUGUGAACGCCGUCCAACGCCUGACCCAACGGAAGCCCCACGUGAAGCGAUUGUGGAGACGCGGUGUCAUAAGCAAAGCUCUGAGCGCAUUUCUGUUGGACGUUUUACAAUCGGGCGUCCUCAUACAACAGAUUUACGAAAACCUCACAGUUCAAUUGAUACUCAUUGUCUUGGUGGUGCACAUACUCUCAGUGCUGGUCAAUAUCAUAAUAGCCCACUACUACUUCAGUCUGCUCAACAUUCAUGCUCAGUAUAGUCUGCUCAAUCAGGAAUUGCGCUCAGCACUGGCCGAGAUACGAUUGCUGGAGUUUGUGCAGUUUGUGUUUGCUAUCAAGUGCUGUGCCCUGGCCGAUCAGCUGGAGACGAUAGCCGGAACCCAGUCUCAACUACAAGAACUGCUCCAAACUCUAACCAGCUCCUUUGGCCUGCAAACCGUGCUCUUGACCAUCAGCUACUAUAUGAUGGGCGUAGCCACGAUCUACUUAGCUUUCUGCGAGCUGACAGGCGCUGUUCUUCUAGACUGGAACGUAUGCAAUUUACUUCUACUGAGCUGCCAAUUCGUAUGCUACUUUACAGACAUUUACAUAUCAGUCAAUAUAAUGUACUCCCUGCUGGAUGCGCACGCUGAGAUGUUGCGGCUGCUCUCAGAGAACACGAUCUUUGCUCCGGGCCUGGACGAGCGACUGGCAAUUGUGUUCAACAGCUUUCAGCUGCAGCUGGCAUGGAACCCACUGAAGAUCCCUGUGCUGGGACUCUUCAAUAUGGAGAAGUCGAAAUCAGUUGCUUUGGCCAGCUCAGUGGUAACCAGUUCUCUGGUUCUGAUACAAAAUGAUUUCAAAAAUUCAUAUUUAUAUUAAC